GACAAAUCCGCCCCUGAAAAUUUAUUGAACUAAGAAUUUGUGGUGUAUUAACAUUUCUAGUGCUGUUAAAUUGUUUUUAGCAUUGAACAAAACGAAAAAAAAUGACCAACCACGAAGCUGUAUUGAAACAAUUGUUAUCGAAAUAUAAACAUCGGGACUUCACUUCUCGAGAAGUAAUUAACUUGCUACAAGUGUACAGAAGCUUAACUUAUCGUUUGGAAGCAUUUAUCUUUAAUAAUGGUUCCAGAAAAGAGCUUUUGAAUAUUGAAGGUACAAUUCCCGUAAAUUACAAAGGAGCCUUUUAUAACAUACCCGUGUCAAUAUGGCUCAUGGACACUCAUCCUCAAAAUGCGCCUUUGUGUUUUGUGAAACCGACAUCUGACAUGUCUAUCAAGGUAUCGAAGUACGUUGACACUAACGGAAAAGUUUAUUUACCUUAUCUUCACGAGUGGUCUUCGAAUUCUUCCACUUUGAAGAAUCUGGUGCAGUGCAUGAUUACAGCAUUUGGUGAAUUACCUCCGGUGUAUUCUAAGCCACGUAAUGUUGCUAUGCCUAUGUUCGCUGCGAAACCGUUUAUGCCAGAAUCGUCAGGAUAUCCCUUACCAAUGCCUACUCCAGGGUAUCCUACUACAACACCAUAUCCUACAACUUCAAGUUUACCAUAUCCUAAUUAUGGUUCACCAUAUCCUGGAACAGCGAGUACAAAUGGUCUGCCAUAUCCUCCAGCACCAAUAACUACACCUUACCCCCCUGCAUCACAAUAUGGUCCUAGUACAGAAGGGGCUGGGGGUACCAUUACUGAAGAGCAUAUUAAAGCAUCGCUACUGUCUGCUGUUGAAGACAAAUUAAGAAGACGUCUUAAAGAACAAUCUCAACAAUCACAGGCUGAACUUGAAACCUUACGCAGGACUCAGCAAGAACUUGGCGAAGGAAAGUCUCGGAUUGAAGACAUAAUUACGAGACUUCAAAGGGAGCGUUCAGAACUAGAUAAGAAUGUAAUGAUUUUACAAGAGAAGGAAAAAGAGUUGCAAGCAGCUGUGGAACGUUUGGCUGACCAGGAGGGUGUGGAUGUUGAUGAAGCAGUAGUGACAACUGCACCACUGUAUUCCCAACUUCUAAAUGCUUUUGCUGAAGAAGCUACCCUAGAAGAUGCUAUUUAUUACAUGGGUGAAGCUCUGCGGAAGGAAGUUAUAGAUUUGGACACAUUUUUGAAGCAAGUCCGCACAUUGGCACGUCGACAGUUUACACUAAGGGCAUUGAUGCAUAAAUGCAGGCAAAAGGCUCAGUUAGCUUGCUAAUAAUAAUAAAACUGAACUUGUAUCACGAUUAUUAUUAGAUUGUUUUAUGCAUGCUUAUGUAACAUGGGAUUUUUUUUAUCCACAUUUUGAGUAUAUUGAAUUGGAUAUAAAUAUGAAAGCCAUAGCAGAUAAUUGAAAAGCGAACUUGUAAAUAAUGAGGUAAAUCACUGAUAAUGUCAUUUUGAUUUCCAAGUAACUUGGCUGUUGUCAUACAAUUAUUUUAAAAAAAAUAUUGGGUAAUCAAAAACAUUGUUCUGAAUACUAUACUUCUAAUUAAAUUGAGGUUUACUCAUUAUCAAAUAAAGGCUUGUGAAAUUACCUACAAUGUACACGGGCUAGCAAAAUUAAUGAUCAUGUAUGUUAUGUAAUUAUGAUUAUUGAGCAGAAGUUGUUAGGGAAAAUGUUAUUAUAUAGUACUGUUAUACACUAUGCCUUAAAAUAAAUAUUGUGUAAAUAUGUAUGCUUAAAAAUUUAAAUGUUAAUUUCUUGUACCUAUUGAUAAUGAAACUAUUAGGUUUUUUAAUUUAUUUCAUAGUACGGUGAACAAGCUGGUGCCCCACUUAGUGUUGACUUGUUAUAGCCCAUAGAUGUCACAAAAUCAAUGGCACCACCAACCUUGAAACAUGAAAUUGAAGUAUAAAUUUAUUUAAAUAAUUUAAUAAGAAACAAGCUUAUGAUUGAGGCUGCAGACCUCAAAUAUCAGAUAUAGUAUAUAGCUUAAUAAUUUUGCAAAUGCUUAAAUUGGAAUGUAAAAUUAUCACAGAAAAUAAUAACACAAUAAAACAAAGCAUUUAUGUAUAUCUUCAAUGUUCUGAGUGCUGAGAACACAUUUCAAAGAUAAGUACAUAAAACACCAAACAUCUUUCAGGAAGUCGUCGUGGCCUAAAGGAUAAGACGUCCAGUGUAUUCGUAUCUAACGAUGCACCGGUGUUCGAAUCCUGCUGGCAGGUACCAAUUUUUCUAAUGAAAAACUUACUUGACAAAUGUCCACAAUUAAAAUCCACGGUGAAGGAAUAACAUCGUGCAAUAAAAAUCAAACCUGCAAAAUUAUAAUUUGCGUAAUUACUGGUGGUAUGACCUCUUGUGAG